AUGUCGCUCUAUCUGGAACUGCAAGUGCGCGAUCGGUAUCUUCUUAUGGACUGUCCAAGAAUGUUUUUAAUGGAACACAGAAGAAACAGGUUAUGUUUAACUGGUCGGAAAAAGGCCAGUUCUCAGUGAGAGCUGACACAUCUCUGAAACUGAAGAGGUUUCGGCAACUGAUGGCAAAGAAUAACUAUCAGGCGUAUAUCAUACCUACUGAUGAUGAACAUCAGAGUGAAUACAUCUCCAACUACGACAAGAGGCGCCAGUAUAUCUCUGGAUUCACAGGAACAGCCGGUACAGCCGUUGUAUUGCUAAAAGAAGGUGAUGGGGCUGCCCUCUGGACUGACAGUCGAUACUUCCUCCAGGCCGAACAGGAGUUGGAUUCUAAUUGGAUUAUGAUGAAGGAUUUUACUCCUGGGACGCCCUCUAUUCCUCAAUGGAUUAGUAACAAACUUUCUUCGGGUUCCAGAGUAGGAGCAGAUUCUCGUCUUGUCAGCCAUAGAAGGUGGUUAUUCUGGAAAAAUGAACUAGUUAGAAGUGGGAUGGAAUUGGUGAAUGAAUCUUUUAGUCUAGUUGACGAAAUAUGGACGGAAGCUGAAGGUCGUCCAGCCAAACCAAACUUCCCCAUUUUUGUUCAUCGUUUGGAGUUUGCCGGAAAACGAUGGGAAGAUAAAGUGGAAGACGUCAGAGCAAAGUUGAAGGAGGAAGGAGUGGGAGGGAUCAUUAUCACAGAGUUAGACAACGUAGCUUGGUUGCUGAACCUUCGUGGAAAUGACAUCCCUUACAACCCUUUGUUUAAGGGCUAUGCCUUCCUGUCUGAGGAUAUCGUUCGGUAAGUUUUACUUUUAUUUACGCUUUUACUGAC